UGUUCACUGCCGCCAGUGAUGGAGGCGCGUGAAUGAUCCGCAUACCCUGAUAGCCAGCCGUUGCUGAGUUGUUCACACCAAAACGACCAUGUCCAAACCAAACUUCAUGACAGACGGUUCACGGUUGGGAACUACCCAGAUCAACGGGAUGAACAGUAGUACGCUAUCAGUGACCCACAAUGGCGCAUAACCCUUCCCGUCAGAUAACCCAUGACCACGGGAAAGAAAGGCAUUGUAUAUAUCAGAGACGUCAAGUGCCUUUCCCAUUAUCUCAUGCCAGUUCACAGAACAGCUGCCAACGCAUCGUUUGUUGGGUCAACAUUUUGCCCUUUCUAUUUCCCUUUCUUUUGUGUUUGGGUUUUCCUAUUUCUCUAGCGCUCUGGUCAUACAUUGUCCUUCGUCCUUGAGCAUCAUCUUCCAAGGAGUUCCGGGUUCAGCUCUUUUCGACUUUCUCUUUUCAACAGCAAACCAUCAAAUAAUUCAAGUGUUGCUGGUCAACAUCACCGUAUUGUCUUCCAUCGCCGCAGCUCUCGAUCUCCAUCUCACUCACUCCUCGAUAACUGGCUUGUCGGUUACUUUUUCACGGCAUCGAGACCACAUUUACUUAAUCUUCUGCUAUCAAACUAUUCUUUUUUUUUUUCGACCACAAUUAACACCGGCAAGAUGGGUAAAUUCGCUGGUAAUCUAGCCCGAGCGGGAGCAGAAAAGGCAGUGGCUAUCCAAUGCGGGCCCUGGUUCAAAUUCAUCAAACUCGCCCCUCUAACCUUCAUCAUCCCCACCAUCCUCUUCCUCAUCCUCUCCCUCGCCGGCUGUCUCUCCUCAGCCCCCACCAUCCCCUCCCUCUACGUCGUCGCCCUGACCUCCUCCUCCAACGGCACGCUUGCGCCCAUGCAAGUCCGUCUCGGCUACUUUGGCAUGUGCGGCGACGACGGCGACACGCGCACCUGCCUGUCCGCCGCCGGCCACUACGACCCGGACGAGCCCCAGGACAUCAUCCACCUCACCGAGCUCUUGUUCCCCCAAGUCAUGAACAACAGCAACGCCCGCGGCGCCAUUCCGGAGCUGCAGAACAUGGUCUUGACGGGGCUGGACCUCCAGGACCAGAUCUUCGGCAAGGUGCUCCUCACCGGCUCGGCGCUGUUCGCCCUGGGCUUGGUCCUCAUGUUCCCCCUGAAGCUGGUCAAGAAGAAGCUUGCCAAGCUGGCGCCCGGUACUCCGCUCACCAAGAAACAACAGUUUAUUAGAAGGGCGUGCUAUUCGACUAUCUGGGCGGGGCUGAUGAUUGUUUUUGCCGCUUGCAUCGGGACGACCGAGACCGCGGGCGCGCUGGGGCAUGCGACGGCGCAUAUCAAGGGGUCGAGCAUCCUGAUGAAGGAGGGCGUGACGCUGCAGGUGCUGCAGUGGAUGGCGUUUGGGUUCAUGUUCCUGUUCGUCUUGACCAUGCCGAUUAUGUUGUUCGUCAAGAGGGAGAACCCUCUGGAUCAGUACAUGAGUGCCGAGGGAAUCAAGGAGAAGGCGUUUGGGUUUGCUAAGGGGUAUGCGAUGGAUAAGGUGAAGAAGCCAAAGAGGGCCUUGUUCUUUGGAAGGCAAAAGUCCCAGCAGGAGGAUAUGGUGUGAGCUGGCUGGCUGACUAGCUGGCUGGCUGACCGUGAAUGGAAGGGGAGGGAAGGGAUGGCGUGGUAAAAAGGGGGGAAGCUAUCUAUCUGAUCUGUGAACGAUAGAAGGAAGGCGGUUUGCGUUGAUCUGGUUCAUAUAUCAAGGCGUUGUUGGUUGUCUUUUUUUGGCGGGAUUCGGUGGGAGGGAAGGAAAUCUUAACGAUAUGGCAUUGCAAAGAAUGUUCGGCACUGGAUUUCGGGGAGUUAUCCGGAUAGAGCAGACUACAAGACCUUCUUUAAUGGUAAAAUACCAAGACCACCUAAAUGGCGGCAAUCCACAACA